AUGACUGAGGCUACGACAUUGCCUCUCGACUUCGCCUUGUAUCCGCACGUGGUGGACCGCAUCGUGUCAUACGCUGAUGCCUCGUGCUUGGCAGCGUUGCGGGCGACAUGCCAGACCUUCCGCCGCUCUGUCGAGCGCAGGAUGUACUCGCACAUCGCUGUGCGCGUGUCUGGCCCGCCGCCUACGUUCCGGAGCGAUGGCGUAAGGAUACAUCCGUACGACACGCCUGAAGGGUAUGCCGGCUUCAAGGUCGAGCUGUUCGCGCCGUCCAACUCGGCACCAGUGUCUCACCGUGUUCCGGGGUUACGGUGGCCGGAGCCCGCCAUCACGAACCUGACUCCCUAUAUCGACAUCGUCGACUUCGAGGACGCGCGCGAGGAGCGAUGGACACCUUGGGCCUCGGAGCCAUGUGAGGCCGCCCGGGUCUUCAACCUCGCUGGGCGGGCCCGAGUUGUCCGCCGCUGGUACGACAAGAGCCUGAUGCACGCCGGAGAGCCGUUUAGCUGCUCGGACGACGUGCCUGACGGUCAAGUGUCCAUCACGUUUGUCGACUACACUGUGGUUCCGGCCGUGCAGCAGCUGGUAUCCGGCCCGCGUGGCGUUCACGAGCUGGCUUCAGGUCGGCGGUGGAACCACAUGCCCCAAGUCAGUGUGACCCCGCACCUUCGGGGUGACAGUGGCCCGGGCAACGCGCGAGGCAUUGUGAAUGUGCGGUAUGACCCCCGGCAACCCGAUCUGCGUUACGGCGCGCUCGAUCUCCGUGGCAUCGAACUCUGCGAGGAGAUCGUCGUCAUCUUCACGCCCACGAAGCUAUGGACCGGCCCGCAGAUUCCAAAGCCAGAAAUGGUGAACGCGGACCGGCCGAUGGGCUGGUUGCACUUGAUUGUGCACAAUAUCCGCUUUCGGAUUGCGUGGAAGGCGUGCGAGACAGCGGGCGAGAUCCCUCCCUGGAUCGUUGACACGCGGUUCAUGUUUGUCGGCGCAGAGCAGCUGGAUGCCGGAUGGGUCGACUCGCCAGCAUGGCACUUCGAGAAUCCCGUCACCAACGCCGACCUGGCAGCAGGCGCGGCGAAGGUGGUGGAAGACGCGUGCUUGGAAGGGCCUCUUUCCCCGGAAGAAUUGGCCGAGACGCUCGCCGAGCGUGGUGGAUGGGACGGCAUCUUUCGCUUCAUAACGCUCGACGAGUGGAAGGCAGAGGUGGAUCCGGAGCUGUUCGACCUCGCCACUAUCGCUCCCGCCAAGCCCCUGUACACUCCUGUCGACAUUAGGGACACUAUCGGGAACCAUCGCUACAAUGAGGACUUCUCGCCUGAAGAAUGGGCGGCAGCGAUCGCAAAGCAGUAUGGGACCUCCGAGGCGGGCAAUGAGGGGCCGUGA